AUGAGUUCCUUAGCUCUACGAACACUAUAUAAGCGACCGGCUACAUCUCUCAGGCCUCUCCAGGCCCUUGUAGCACAGCGAGGUGUUUCUGGCACAAGACUCAAUAAUAAACCUUCACUUUCACAUCAGACCGAUUCUUCGAUGUCGAGUGUUCUCCCACCGCCUUCACCCCCAAAGAUGUCCUUCCAAGACAUAUUUGCGGCAUCCCAAGGUGAACAUCAGGGUGUUUGGAAAAAUCUCUGGGAUAAAGGAACAUACCAUUACUGGGAUCGUGGCCAAGCUUCCCCAUCCCUUGUAGACUUCCUCAGAGACCACCCAGACCUCUUCCAACCCAGCGAAACUCCAUUAACAGCUCUCGUCCCCGGAUGCGGCCGUGGCCACGACGUCAACCUCUUCGCGGACCUCGGAAUGCAAGCAUAUGGCCUCGAACUCGCCGCAUCAGCAACAGACAUCGCCAGAGAAUUCAGUGAAACAAUCGCCCCUCCACCCGCACCAGGCAGCCGCAGCUACAUCACCGGUGACUUCUUCUCAAACGAAUGGUUAAACCGUCUCGAUACUAAGCAAUUCGACCUCGUCUAUGAUUAUACUUUCAUGGUCGCGUUAGAUCCCGCCAAGGGUCUUCGUGAACUAUGGGCGGAAAGAGUUGCAGGACUUAUUAAACCCGGUGGUACUUUGAUUUGUCUUGAGUUUCCUUUAUACAAGGCAUACGAUUUGCCUGGUCCGCCAUGGGCUAUUCGUUCGGAGACUUACGUUGGUUUACUCGAAAGUGUUGGAUUUGAGAGAGUUCAUCAUGAGAAGCCGAGGAGGUACCUUCCUGCGGGUAAGGAUACCGACAUGAUCAGUGCUUGGAGGCGGACGUAG